GAUUACAGGCAUGAGCCACCAUGCCCAGCUGAUUUUUAAAGUUAUAUUAUUACUAAUAUAGUGAUGCCUGUAAAUUUUUUUAAAUAUGGCACCUAAAAUCAAAAUAAUCCAGGUACAUUGACAGAAAGGAGCUGAGCAAGACUCACCUCUCUUCUACACGAUAUACUUCUAUUAAGUCAGCCUUAUUUCUCAUUAGCUUUUUGCCAGUUUUUGUGGAGACACAUCGCCCUGAGGCUUCACAUCUUACCCCGCGAGGUCUGGUAAGCCGCGUCUCCUCUUCCUCUACUUGGGGGGCUGACCUUCUGGACGCUGAUACAGAACUUUACAUUUGUUCCUGUUAUGUCUUUUCUUGGCCUGUAUAUUUAGUGCAUCAUUGAAGGCUCUCCAGAUUUUUUUGGAUUUUGAUUUACACUCCUUAGUCACCGUAUAUUCUGAGUGCAUGUUAGCUAUACAUUCUGUAAUUCCAUAUCCAUAUUAAAAUAUGCAGGAAACUCCAUAUGUUCACCCAAGGUCGUGAUAAUGAUGUCGAACUGAGCGGUACUGAGUCCCAGAGCAAGUCACACCUAUUAGGGAGCACUUCGAUGCCGUUCACAUCACAAUCCACAAAACAGCCUUGCAUCCAGCACACGUGUGCCAGCUUAGCAAUUAGAAAAGGUGAUUGUCCUUUUGCGGGUGGAAAAUUAGGGUUUUAGGCUUAGACAAAAGCUCAAGUGAUUUCCCUGGGCCGGGACCAGGCUCAGUUGUAACGGGGGCCAAGCUUGCCCUCAGUGUUUAAGGUCUCAUCUGUGCCCCUUCCCCCUGAUCUUACCCACCGCCUGCUGUGGCGCCCAUCCCAUGCCACGCUCACUGGCCUGCAGGAUCCUCAAAUGUGCUCCUCAAUGUAUCCUACCAAAACUUUUAAUUUGAUUCUUUAUCCAUACUCUAUCUCGUGGAGUUAUUGGCAUUUUAAAAGGGAUCCAAGUUUGAAAACAGAGAGAUGACAUUCCAAUGGUAGGACUUCAGUCAUUGAUGGUCAGACAGUAGAAAUUUGGACAGUGGAAAGGCUGGCACUGGCGUCUUAAGGGCAGCCCCUACCUAGCUACUCUUUGCAAAGCUGACCUGAAAGAAACAGGGAGUCCGCAGGGGACAAGAUAGAUUAGAUCCUAUGGUCCCACAGUCGUCCUCACGCUCUUAAUGGUAUUUGGUUAGAAUUUUUAACUCUUCAGAUCUUGUUCAUUCAUUUAAUUUAAUUUUCCUUCUGUUCUUCCAACUGCCAGGUAAGUAAGAGAAAUAGAUGCCAUCAUCUUCAUUGUCUGAGAAGGAAGCAGGCACAGUGGGCUUUAAAGACAGAAAACAACUGCUUUUCCCCAGCUUGGGGCCUCACUGUCCCGCACCUUUGCGCGGACUGACAGAAUUCCUGUGGGGAAAACUGAUGCAUCCCUGUUUCUCACGUACACCUUGCCUGUCUCCUCAUAAAUUUUUUAUUUCCCAAAAGUCAUUCCUACAAAUUGCCUUUUCAUUUGCCAAGGAUCUAGACCAUCUGCCAAAGCAAGUUCACACAUCCCUCCUUGCUGAUAACUGGGUUUAUCCGUUUGCAUUUCUGUGUAUCGUCAGUUAGUCUGGCUUAUCUACUUAUGAGAUUGUGUGUACUUUAACACACUGGACACCAUAUGGCCCCCAGCAGAGACGGCAGUCCUGUUGCCUACCUAUGGGCACUAUUUGUGUGCCUUUCAACCCUGAUUAUAAAAUAUCCGGUCCCUAGUACACCUAAAAUUUGUUUGGACUGGGAAGAUUUUACAUAAUUAGAAUCAAAAAUUUAGUUCCUCCCACCCUUAUUUUUAAACCAAUGUGUACAAGAUGCAUACAGAAUAAAUAAAUAACAAAUUGUUUAUUUACACAGUAAAAUUGAAUGAACUAUAGCUACAAGCAACAUCACCGAAUCUUACUAACUUAAUAUUGAUUGACAAAAGCAAAUCCCAGGAGACUAUAUAGACCAUCACAUUGUUUCUAAAUUUCAAAAACAAUUAAAACUAAAUGUCAUUGAGGAGUCCCACAAGCCACACAUGUACACACGUAUGCUCAGACUCAAUCCUUCUGGGCCUGGCUCAUAUUUUCCUUUCAUUUCCUGGCACCGAAUUCACAGGUGGAUACAAUCGGUCUCAUCAGGCUCCCUGGCUCCAGACUUCCUCAGCUCCUGGGUGCUACUCUUUUCCCCACAGACCCCUCCCCACUUCCUUAGUGUCCUGGCUGAGGCUGAAGCAACUUAGCAUUCACCUGGUCCCCACUCCCUUCCUCCCACUCUCACCUGCUCUGUCAGAAAGAGGAGAUGGUGCCUUCUCCAUAGCGCUCUUCUUCCUUUGGUCUCCCUAUUCCACCAAACACCAAAAGACUUUGGGUUUCUGAGGUUCAUGUUCGUUGGUCUCUUAGUGCCAUGGGCCUGUUAGAGCAUCCCACUAAUUUAUUCAGAUGUUGCUGUAUCCUGCAUCUUCACAAAACCUUGCUGUCCCUUCCACACUCGACCAUGCCUCAGUUGAAGCUUGAGCAAUAAUCAGAAAGGUCCCUAGAGGCCACUCCACUGAGUGAGCCUUGGGCCAAAUCUGGACCUUCCAUCAUGGCAGCCUAGGAUCUUGGAGCCCGAUGACUUUUGCAGGCAAAUUCACAGAUACAUCCCCUUCAGUCUCCUUCUAUUUGUUUCCAGUCUCCGUUCAUCUGUUUCCACUUUUCAGACACCCAAAGUUCUUCAGUGAUAAUUAUUGCCACAUACAUCAUUCCCUAAGGGCCAACUAUGUGCCCAUUUCUGUGCUAAACACUCUAUCUAAUUUCAUCACACUCAGGACACUUCUCCAUUUCUUAAUUAAUUCUGUGAGCUCUUGUUUUCCCUUUCAAAUCUUAGGAAUGAUGUGCAUUUCAGAAACAAAGUCCAAGGGGAUUUUUCAGGAUGAUGCCUUAAAAUGAUCUCAUGAUCACUACUAUGUUCUCCAAAAUCAGGAUUUAAGAUUCUUUUGAAGCUCUGAAAUGUUUCUGGACAACAGAAGAUAAUCAUCUGCUUCCAGUCUUCCCUGAGGACAAGCCAGCAGGAAACAGCUUUAACUUGUUGCAUAAAUUAAUGAGAUUAGAAGAAAUAAAGCAUUUCCUGACAACGAGAACUAUUAAAAAAAUGCACAUAAUAACUGAGGCGUGUGGAGAUUCCUGGAAUAAGGAUGCUGAAGUCCUCAAUGAGGCAAAGUCUCAUCUAUUAUAUUUUCUCUUGCAUUGAAUUAAUGUCAGGUUCCUUUCAGAAGCCCAAAUAAUGAAAUAAGAAUUCUCCUGUCUUCCAGCUUUUGUGGCUUCGGCUUCCUUUGGUUGAUUCACUGCUUCCAUUUAUUUGCUCUUCCACUACCAGAGUCCCUUGAAUCUGAACAACUAAGCCUGAUUUUCUUUGGGGGAAAUUUUUUCUAGGUUUUAUUUCCCCCAUUUAAGACAUGUGUGCACACAUGCACAUGUGUGUGCGAGCCAUUCUAAUUCUUUAUUUUUUCAGUAAUGAACAUAUACACCUCAUCUCUCCCUUCAAGUAUUGCAUGAACUCGAUGGACUUCAAGCCAUCUAAAGAUAAUGUGUUCAGUUAGCAGGCGAUUUGAUAAGUAUGCUCGGAAAUGCCAUGAACUCCAAGUCCUCAGAGAAGCCCUGGUUAACUGGCUGGGUGGGAUCUGCUAUUGUGGAGUUUCUUCCCAUGAGGGUAUCAGUCAUGAGAACCUAGAAGCCAAGAGGCUGUCCAAGCCUUGUCCCAGGCAAGGAUGCUUGGAUUCCUCCCGGGACCUGCUGCUGCGAUCCAGAACCAGAGCGUGCAGUUGCUGGUGAGGGAAAGGCAGGAUUCUGUCUUCAUCCUUCAUGGAGAGGUGUGUUCUUGGAGGUAUACCUUCUGGGAGAAAAAUUAAGUUUUAGUAAAUAAAGUUAUUUUCUUCAAAAAGAGUUUAAGUUCCUUUGGCUUCAAUAGAGGGUAAUGAUUACUAGCUAGAUUGGUAGGUUUUAGUUCAGGAAAUCUGGUGUUAUCUGGUGCGAUGGAAGGAAACAAAAACUCUGCAAGGAGAAUACACAUUGUCCCAAACAGUCUUGUUUCAAACAUCUUCCUUAAGAUGGUAAACGGGUCCAACAAUGUGUGUGUGUGUGUGUGUGUGUGUGUCCCACCUUUAAACUUCAGACUCCCAGAUCUCUGCUGCGCACUCAUCCAGUGUGGAUUACACUACCAGCAAAACAUCCCAGGAAGGAGUCCAGGAUGGCCGCCCGCAGUUAGGAGAGAACCCAGAAUGGAACGACGGACUUGUUUGCUUUCUUGCCCCUGACUCUCCCCGUCUUCCCUGGGAGUGUUGGGGAUGUGAACUGCUGACUUCUGCCUCUUUCGGACCGCCUUUGAGGCUCCAGAGCCUCACCUGACUUUCCCACGGAGAGGGAGGCCAGAAGCUCCUUCAGUAGUCCCGGUGCAGAGUCCUGGGCCGGGAGCGCGGGGGAGGGAGCGAGCGGAGCUGCGCCCGGGAGGCGGAGGGAGGAGGCGCUCCGCAGACCCCAGCGCGCCGCGGAGAAGCUCAAACUUUGGCAGGCAAUCAUCUGGGGGGCUAAAUGUGACAAACCAAGAAGAUGGCCAAGAUCAACACCCAAUACUCCCACUCCUCCAGGACCCACCUCAGGGUAAAGCCCUCAGACCGAGAUCUCGAUCGUGCUGAAAAUGGCCUCAGUAGAGCCCACUCGCCAGGCGAGGAGACAUCGUCAGCGCUGCAGCCGGGGAUCGCCAUGGAGACCAGAGGACUGGCUGAGUCCGGGCAGGGCUCCUUCACCGGCCAGGAGCUUGCCAGGCUCUCGCGCCUCAUCUUCUUGCUGCGCAGGUGGGCUGUCAGGCACGUGCACCACCAGGACCAGGGACCGCACUCUUUUCCUGAUCGUUCCCGUGGAGCUGAGCUUAAGGAGGUGUCCAGCCAAGAAAGCAAUGCCCAGGCAAACGUGGGCAGCCAGGAGCCAGCAGACAGAGGGAGAAGGAAGAAGACGAAGAAGAAGGAUGCGAUCGUGGUGGACCCCUCCAGCAACCUGUACUACCGCUGGCUGACCGUCAUCGCCCUGCCUGUCUUCUAUAACUGGUGUCUGCUUAUUUGCAGGGCCUGCUUCGAUGAGCUGCAGUCCGAGUACCUGAUGCUGUGGCUGUUCCUGGACUACUCGGCAGAUGUCCUGUAUGCCUUGGAUGCGCUCGUGCGAGCUCGGACAGGUUUUCUUGAGCAAGGCUUAAUGGUCAGUGAUACCAACAGGCUGUGGCAGCAUUACAAGACGACCAUGCAAUUCAAGCUGGAUGUGUUAUCCCUGGUCCCCACCGACCUGGCUUACUUAAAGGUGGGCAUGAACUACCCAGAACUGAGGUUCAACCGCCUACUGAAGUUUUCCCGGCUCUUUGAAUUCUUUGACCGCACAGAGACGAGGACCAACUACCCCAAUAUAUUCAGGAUUGGGAAUUUGGUCUUGUAUAUUCUCGUCAUCAUCCACUGGAAUGCCUGCAUCUACUUUGCUAUUUCCAAGUUCAUUGGUUUUGGGACAGACUCCUGGGUCUACCCAAACAUCUCAAUCCCAGAGCAUGGGCGCCUCUCCAGGAAGUACAUUUACAGCCUCUACUGGUCCACCUUGACCCUUACCACCAUCGGUGAGACCCCACCCCCCGUGAAAGAUGAGGAGUAUCUCUUUGUGGUCAUAGACUUCUUGGUAGGCGUUCUGAUUUUUGCCACCAUUGUGGGCAAUGUGGGCUCCAUGAUCUCGAAUAUGAACGCCUCACGGGCAGAGUUCCAGGCCAAGAUUGACUCCAUCAAGCAGUACAUGCAGUUCCGCAAGGUGACCAAGGACUUGGAGACGCGGGUUAUCCGGUGGUUUGACUACCUGUGGGCCAACAAGAAGACGGUGGAUGAGAAGGAGGUGCUCAAGAGCCUCCCAGACAAGCUGAAGGCCGAGAUCGCCAUCAACGUGCACCUGGACACGCUGAAGAAGGUUCGCAUCUUCCAGGACUGUGAAGCGGGGCUGCUGGUGGAGCUGGUGCUAAAGCUGCGGCCCACUGUGUUCAGCCCUGGGGAUUAUAUCUGCAAGAAGGGAGACAUUGGGAAGGAGAUGUACAUCAUCAAUGAGGGCAAGCUGGCCGUGGUGGCCGAUGAUGGGGUCACCCAGUUCGUGGUCCUCAGCGAUGGCAGCUACUUCGGGGAGAUCAGCAUCCUGAACAUCAAGGGGAGCAAAUCGGGGAACCGCAGGACGGCCAACAUCCGCAGCAUCGGCUACUCAGACCUGUUUUGCCUCUCCAAGGACGAUCUCAUGGAGGCCCUCACCGAGUACCCCGAAGCCAAGAAGGCUCUGGAGGAGAAAGGACGGCAGAUCCUGAUGAAGGACAACCUGAUUGAUGAGGAGCUGGCCAGGGCGGGGGCGGACCCCAAGGACCUUGAGGAGAAGGUGGAGCAGCUGGGGUCCUCCCUGGACACCCUGCAGACCAGGUUUGCACGCCUCCUGGCUGAGUACAGCGCCACCCAGAUGAAGAUGAAGCAGCGUCUCAGCCAACUGGAGAGCCAGGUGAAGGGUGGUGGGGACAACCCCCUGGCUGAUGGGGAAGUUCCCGGGGAUGCUACAAAAACAGAGGACAAACAACAGUGAAAAUGCAGCAUCUGUCUCCUGCUUCACGGGGUCAACUGUCAGGGUGACGCUAUGUGGCCACAGCUGUGUGGCAUGGAACUUGGUCAGGGUUUAAUUCCAGCUCUAUUCACCCUUUAAAAGCUGUGUGACUGCCCAAGAGAGCCUGUUUCUUCACCUAGAAAACGGGACUUUUGUCUCAGUCCCAGUGAAGUGCCAGGUUUGACUGUGAGGUCCGCAUGAAACACUGCACCAGGCAGGGCUUUGCAAAGUGCAAAGUAUCCCCGGUCCAAGUAUAUGAAAGUGUGCACACAGGACUCUCACUACUUUUUUAUGGAAUCUGCAAGGCGUUUUUAGGCUUUUUAAUCUAAUUUUCUUAUAAAUGAAAGAUUAUUUAGUCACUUUUCUCCUCCCCAACUUCACUCCACCACCACCUGAUAAUGGGUAUAUAACAGAAAGCUGAAGGUACAACGUAGUGACUCAAAUUCAGACUUACACAAGACAGUUUGAGGCAUAUUUCUGACUCUGGUAUCACCUCGUGUGCUCUUUGGGGCCUUGGAAACCCUGGCCUUUGGGAGUGCUAUGGCAAGUAGAAGUUCUGUAGGAUGGAAAGAGGCUGCCCCAUUUGAGGUCACUUCCAAUCUGUGAAGCAAAUCCAGACUCCUUGCCAUCCAGCCACUGUGAAACCAGAGUCUGUUUUACAGAAAAGAGCAUCUCAGGAGAAGAGACAUCCCCUCCUUCUCACUUGCCAAAGAGAUUCAAAGACAGCCCCUAUCCUCCAUUCUUGGGUCAAGGCCCUCGGUGACCUAUUCUAACCCAAGGAGGAGAGCAACGUACAGGGAGAGCCUUUUAGACUGAAGGCUGGAGUGGUGUCCUAAACCAAAAAAGCCGACAACUAAGAGUUUUAGAAGAUGAGACCAUUAGGCAUGUAUCUUUGCAAACUGCCCCUUCACCCACAAAGAGGAAGCCUCAAGAUCCCUUGGAAUUGCAUCCCGGGGCAAAGCUUUUGGCUCACCGAAAGCUCGCAGAUUGCAGAAAUUAGCUUUUUUUAAAAAAACAAACCCCAGUAAAUAUAAUUUCAUUAACAUUUUAUAACAGAUUUAUAUUUUUGAGUUCUGUGAUUGCAAAUUAUGACCUCAAUAUUCCAUCCUUAUGUAAAUUACCCGAAGAUGAAUCUUCUUUCUUUCCUUUUUUCUUUCUUCUUACUUCUUUCUUCCUCUUUCUCUCUCCUCUUUUCCUCCUCAAAAUGUAUAUAUUUUAAAAGCCUUAACUAUUAGUUAUGCCUGCAUUCAUAUUUGCACAGGCAAAAUAAAGACCUGGAUUUAAAAAUAGGAAUGACUCUUGCUUCAGCUCUUGCCAUAAGGGAAGUUUCAGUCACAGAGUAUGUUUCUAGGGCAAUGGCUUCCCUAGAAAGAAUAGGUGCUGAUGUGGGGGAGGGCACACAUUCCAAGAAAGUGACAAUGCCAAGUGCUAUUAAGGACACAAACCAACAAGAACUCUCAUUCAUUGCUGGUGGGCAUGGAGUAUGGUGCAGCCACUUCGGAAGACAAUUUGGUAGUUUUUAUAGAGUUAGGCAUACACUUUAGCGUAUGAUCCAGCAGUCACACUCCUAGGUAUUUACCUAAAAGAAUUUGAAACUUAUAUGCACAUAGAAACAUCUACAAAUGUUGGUAGCAGCUUUAAUCAUUAUUAACAGAAAUCUGGAAGUAGUAAUAAUAUCAUUCAGUAGGUGAAUUGAUAAACAGCCAGGUGAGGUGGUGUGUGCCUAUAAUCCCAGCUACUAAGGAGGCUGAGAAGGGAGAAUCAUUUGAGUCCAAGCGUUUUAGGACAGCCUAGGCAACAUAGCAAGACCCUGUCUCUAAAAAAAAGAAACAAAAAAGUAAAACAGUGGCAUACCUAUACAAUCACCAUGUAAUCAAAUCCUACUCAGGAAUGAAAAUGAAUGAGCAAUUGAUCAAGGGAAAAAGAUUCCAUUUGUAUGACAUCUGGAAAAGGCAAACAAUAAUGAUGGAAAACAGCUCAGCGGUUGCCAGGGGUUGUCGGGAGGUGUAGAGGCUGAUUGCAGAGAUCACAGUGGGGAAUUUUUAGUUGUGAUGGAACCGUUUUGCAUGGUGUGGGGGUGGUGGGUAUAUGACUGUGCGUUGUCCACUCUCGCAGAACGGUACACCACAAAGAAUCAACUGUAAUGUGUGGAAUUUUAAAAUAUCAACCCAAAUGUGAGCAACACAAGGAUGGAAAGCAGAUUGUGACAAGUGAAUCUAACUGUAUUAGAAAUAUAUGACAUAACUUUACUGAAGGACGUAGGGUAAAAUGAUGGCCUAAGUAAUGUUAAAAAUGGUGCUUUGAGUAGAAACUAAGGCUAAAGACGAAAAGAUGUGACAUGAAUACUGUACUCUAGUUGUAAAUUUGUUUCACAUGGGGAUAUGGGUUACUAAUUCAGAAUUACAUUAUACUAUGGAUGAAUGCAUGAAUGACUGAAUAAAUAAAUAAAUGCUUUAAAAAAUGGAA